AUGGAAGAAAACGUCUCCAACGAGGCCUGCAGGGUCUUCAGCUCCUGCAACGAUCUCGGAGAUUCCAGCAAUGACUACGAGGAGGCCUGCACGGUCUCUCCGCCGAAGAUGCCGGCUACGAAGAUAGGGAGGGCUUCUGGCCUGAACCCAGCACCGGGAACGUCAGACGUUUCAGGAGAGCCAGGUUCGUUCGGGUCUAAGUCUAACGACAAGCGCCAAGCCGCCGACCCCAGACCUGCCUCUGCCGAGACCGCUGGGUACAUGAAGAUGUCGGUUAGGAGGAUAGGGAAGGCUCCUGACCCGAACCCCGCACCAAGUAUGUCAGGCGUUUCAGGAGAGCCAGGUUCGUCCAAGCCUAACGACAAGCGCCAAGCCGCUGACCCCGGACCUGCCUCUGCUGAGACCGCUGGGUACAUCCCAGGGGUCGGUAUGAGGAGCCCUGCUGUGACAGUGUCAGACCUGAAGCUUGCAUUCAACAAGCUCGACCAGAAAACAACUGAUGAUCUGAAGGGCCUGAAGCUGUCAGUCAGCAAGCUCGACCAGAAGACAGCUGAUGAUCUGUCGGGCCUGAAGCUUGCAUUAAACAAUUGCAAGCUCGACAAGAAGACAACUGAUGAUCUGUCGGAUCUGAAGCUGUCGGUCAGCAAGCUGUAUAUGAAGACAGCCGGGGUUCAGGCAAACCUCUCUGGAUGGAUUCAUCGCCAGCAGGAGCUGGAGGACAACAUGAAGAAUGAACAAGAGAAACCGGAGAAAGAGCGUGCUUCGAUCCGCCUCCUAGAGACCUGCCCAGACGGUUACCAGAACUAUCGCGAAGUCUGCUACAUGGCAUUCCACCUGCCUCGGUCAUUCUCCGUAUCGGCCGAGACCUGUCGGUUUGUCGGUGGCACCCUCGCCAUGCCCCGCGACGCCGGUAUCAACGACCUCCUCACCUCCCUGGUGGAUCCAGCAAGCAAGUACAGCUAUUGGUUUGGCUUACACCGACAGGAAGGCAAGUGGGAGUGGAUAGACGGCACCGCUCUCGGGACCGGCUACAACCGGUGGGCACACGGUGAAAGAAAGUCUUGCGCCUGGUACAGGCCCACGAGCAAGCAGUGGUAUACCGCGGAUUGUGAGCAGAGGGGACUGUUCAUCUGCCAAGUCCUGACAUCAGGUUUGUAUCAUUUCACAAGGUGA